GGAGGUUCCGCUUCCGGUUCCGGUCCCGGCCUUGGCCUGCCCGAAGCCCAGAGACAUGGCCAUGUUCGAGCAGAUGCGGGCCAACGUGGGGAAGCUGCUCAAGGGCAUCGACAGGUACAACCCCGAGAAUCUGGCCACCCUGGAGCGCUACGUGGAGACCCAGGCCAAGGAGAACGCCUACGACCUGGAGGCCAACCUGGCCGUCCUCAAAUUGUACCAGUUCAAUCCGGCCUUCUUCCAGACGACGGUGACGGCCCAGAUCCUGCUGAAAGCCCUCACCAACCUGCCCCACACCGACUUCACUCUCUGCAAAUGCAUGAUUGACCAAGCGCACCAAGAGGAGCGACCCAUCCGGCAGAUCCUCUACCUGGGAGACCUGCUGGAGACUUGCCACUUCCAGGCCUUCUGGCAAGCCCUGGACGAGAACCUGGACCUGCUGGAUGGGAUCGCGGGCUUCGAGGACUCCGUCCGCAAGUUCAUCUGCCACGUGGUGGGCAUCACCUACCAGCACAUCGACCGCUGGCUGCUCGCCGAGAUGCUGGGAGACCUCUCGGACAACCAGCUGAAGCUGUGGAUGAGCAAGUACGGAUGGAGCGCCAACGAGGCCGGCCAGAUCUUCAUCUGCAACCAGGAGGAGAGCAUCAAGCCCAAAAACAUCGUGGAGAAGAUCGACUUCGACAGUGUGUCCAGCAUCAUGGCCUCCUCCCAGUGACCUCUGACCUGUCAGUGUGCCCCCCAAUAAAAUGACGUCCUGCCGCCUCUGC